GUAGAGAGAAAAACCUAUCUUUGGUUUUUGGAGCGCCGCACGACACAGAAAAUUGUGUUUGGGCGUGUUUUCAGUGCCGCCUGAAGGAGUGAAAAACAGAGAACAAUUUUUUUUUUGUUUUCUUUCUUCUCGGAGGUACGUACAAUUGAUAAAAAUGUUGAGAAACCGCAAAAAGAGAAGAAGAUCGGUGGAAUUUAGUCGCCGAAAAAAGCUGAUACUUCCGCAGGAGCUCAUCGCCGAAAUACUUUAUACACUACCCGCUGAAUCUCUGGUACGUUUUCAGUGCGUUUCGAAGGCAUGGUUCUCUCUAAUCAAUGACCCAUAUUUCAUAAAGAUGCAUCUCCACACCAACAGACAACGCAUUCUCAUUGGGAAGAAACGCAAGUGGAAUCGUUGGCCAGAGGAACACAACUUGGUUAAGAUUUCCAACGAGGAUCGGUUAGGGUAUCCUGUUAAGAUCUUCCCACCAUUAUACCGUUCAGAAAACGUCAAGUACCGCACCUCAGUGACAGGCUUUUGCAACGGCUUGGUUUGCAUCGUCUUCUUUUGCAACCGCAAAUAUGGUUCUCAUGAUGAUCAAAUUGUGAUUUGGAACCCAUCAAUCAGAAAACACAAAAAAGUACCCUUUAACCCUGUAGAGGAAAAGCACAGGCUAGGAGGGCUAGGAGAUGGAUUCCAUUUUGCAUUUGGGUAUGACCCGGUCAACAACGAUUACAAGCUUUUAAAGAUUAUCAAAUUUGUUGGUCUGAAAUACGACAAGAGGAGCAAGGUAUAUAGUAUGAAAGCAAAUUCUUGGAGAAGACUAGAAGAUCAAUUGCCUUACGAGGAGCGAUUUACUAUUUCUUCGCCCCAACCGGUUUUCACCAACGGUGCUUUUCAUUGGUUGGUUGAGAGUAUAACCGGAGCAAGGACUCUUCUCACAAUGGAUCUCACCACCGAAAAAUUCGAAGUGCAAACGCUUCCGUUCAAACUCCAUUCGUUGGGUAAUUUGGUGGUUUUGGAAGGAUCGCUAUGUGUGUCUGCAUAUACUCAGGCACGAGAUAUUGACUUUUGGAUGAUGAAGGAGUACGGGGUGACGAGCAGUUGGAGUCGGCUUUGUAUGGUGCCUGCGACUUUUUUCUACCGCCAACCGCUAGCAAUUUCAAGGGAUGGCAAAGAGGUUCUGCUGGAGGAUGAUAAACUCUUUUGGUAUGACAUUAAAAAGAAGACAUUCACGAUUGUUGAGCACAUUUCUAGUAAGUACAAUUGGACAAUGACUUGUGUGGAAAGCCUCUUUCUCCUCGAUGGUGAUAGUGACAAUUAAAUUCAAUGCAUAACAUGAUCUUCUUAUGAGCCUUGUAAUUCAUAAUGGAUGAAUAAUAUGCAGUUUGUAUAAUUACAUUUUCGUAAUAAUUUUUUUUUAGGCUAAACAAGUCUUUGGUUGCAUUUUUUUUUUGUUCUCCUUAUUUUUAUUGGAAUAU